GAUCUCUCUGUGCCCGAACAACAGUUUCUAGCCGGAAGAAAUACGCCGAGUUCGAGACGUUGCUAUGCCCACAAAACGCUGCUUCACUUGUUAGGAAGAGUGGGAAACUGGUGGGAGGACUGUGAAGUGCAGACUGUAUUGAGAGGGAGGUGGAAAGAGGAGAGAAUGAGCGAGGUAAGAGAAGUGCCACGAAGAGAGAGCCCGUGGGGUUUGCCGGAGGGAGACCAUCGUCAACCCAAGUCCCAUCGAUGCAAUGACCGAGCUGAGGAUGUUAUUCAAGCUUGUUUUGAGGGAAACCCAUUUAAGACUGUACCUGGACCUUUUAAACUUUUCUGGCGAUGCAUGCGCUCUAAGCCUGGGGAGGAGCCAACUGAACCAUACACCUAUCUGCAAUUGGAUCCCCCGAAGAGAGAGGUGAAACUUGAGUGAUGCAGCUUCCCUGCGGAGCCCGUAUAAGUUUUGUAUAAUGGAGGAGGAGACCAUCUAAUGUUGGAAUGCUUAUAUACUCUUAUCUCCCUUGCUUUAGGUAAUUUCGGAGCCAUAUGGAGAAUUGUUUUUUCUUUCAAACAUUCAAAAUAAAGAAAAAUAGUAGUAGAGAAGGCCCUUUCAAAUAAAGCACGCUUAUUUUGGCAAA